GCUAAAACCAAUGCAUUAUUUAACGUGGUCAUUGGGGUAGCGCGCUUGUCAUGCUUAUGAAACUAUAGCCCCGCCUCCUCCAGCUGCAGGAAAACUUUAAAAGAGUGUUCGCGCACUGCAUUUACAGCGACUUAAAGAUGAGCGUAAACUUCGGCAAGUGUCAUUCCGUGCUCAUCACGGGAGCGAGCAGGGGACUCGGACUGCAGAUGGUCAAACAGUUGAUCGGCUCGCAGGAAAGACCCAAAAAGAUCAUCGCGACCGCCCGGAAUCCCGCCGCAGCAGAGGAACUGCAAGCACUUGCCGCGUCCAAUCCAGGUGUUGAUGUAGUUACUCUCGAUGUAACCAGUGAUGCGAGCGUGGAUGAUGCGGUUCAGCAAGUGGAGUCUAUUGUGGGUGCUGAUGGGCUAAACUGCUUAAUAAAUAAUGCGGCAAUUAACAUCUCCUGUAAUCUGGACACAGUCACCCGAGACGCCAUGCUGAAAACCUAUGAGAGUAAUACCGUCGCUCCUCUUUUUGUGACCAAGGCUUUUCUGCCAUUGUUGAGAAAGGCGGCAGUUCAGGGCAGUGGAAUGGGAAUCCACAGAUCAGCUGUGAUCAAUGUGUCAUCUCUCCUGGGGUCUGUCCAUCUGAACUGGGGCGAGUUGGCGUCCUUCAAGAGCAUCGCCUAUAGGGCAUCUAAAAGUGCCCUAAACAUGGUUACCAGAUGUUUGGCAGUUGAUUUGGAAGCUGAUGGAAUCUUAUGUGUCGCCCUCCACCCCGGCUGGGUGCGCACUGACAUGGGCGGUACAAUGGCACCUCUGAGUGUAGAAGAGAGCAUAUCGUCUGUUUUGCCUGUAAUUUCUGGAUUAACAGAGAAAAAUCACGGUGGAUUUGUGGACUACUCUGGGGAAGAAGUACCUUGGUAAACUACACAGUGUGUUGCCUGUGUGUGCCGCCUUGUUCAAGUGCCAAACCCAGGUGACCACUGAUGACCUGAGACCAGAAAAACAGCCGGUGGGAUUAACUAUUCAUGAAUUCCCUGUUUCCAGCUGUGCUUUAAUAUCUCUGUAUGCAUGUCCGGGGUUUGGUUUAUAAUAUAUUUAGGUCAGUUUUAUACAUUUAUAAGCUCACAUAGAAAAUUGCAUUGUUUUGUUACGGUGGUAUAUAUACAUAUAUACAUAUACUGUCUUUAAAAUAAACUCUGUUUGUUGUACAUAA